AUGCGACUCAAUGUUAUUGACUAUGCUUCUCCGUAUCUCGGCACAACUUUAAACAUUUUACGUUUCCAUCUCGGAGAUGAUCAUGGAAUAUGUCUUGCUAACACUGUACAUGGUCGUUUACCAUUACUUGAAGAACUCGAUGUUACAAUCGAGCAACGAUCUACAUAUAAUAAACAAGAAAACGGGGAUGAUCGACUUCAUUCAGUUAAUUUUUUCAAAUUACGAUCACUUCGCUUAUGUGAUGUUAUAUUAAAUAAUGUACGUGAUCUUCUUCGUUCCCAUGUAUUCAUUUUUUAA